GAAAUAGAUUCCUCAGACCUCAGAUUAAAGGUGCCGCUACAGUAUAUAAUCUGUGGUGUCGCUUUCGAGUGUGUCUUCUGAUUGUUUAUUAUUUUAUUAUUGGGAAUUCUAAUUGUUCAAUUUGUUUAUCAUUCUAUGAUAUUUAUGAGUAUAUGAACACAAACUCACAGUUAGAUAGGAGUCGAUUAUAGUGUAAAAGUACAAGCACAAUAAAAAGAUUAAAGCUAUACGUAUUAUGGUACAAGCAAUAAGUAAAGAUAUAAGAAUAAGACGAGGAACGAUUGAUAAAUCCUUGAUCUCUCUAAUGGCAAACAAUCCUAUUCUCACAAACUUGAAAUGAUUACAGCUUUUUGAAAUCCUAAAACCAUUGGCAAUGUUAUGAUAUGAAAUAUCAACACUUGUUGAAUUUUUAUAAACUCAAAAGUCAUUAUUGCCAAAUUUUUUUAUUUUUUUUGAAGAUUGAAUAAUGACUACUAGUGAAUGCGAAAGUAGAAGUAGGUCCAUUGAGAGAAAACCUGGCUGGGAAGUUUGCAAUGAAUAUAUGGUGAAAUUGGAACCAAGUGAAUUCAAAGCCAAUGAAGGUGAAGAGUUUGACAAUCUCUUCAAUUCCAAAAAAGACUUCAUGGAUUUCAAAAACGACGACACCAGCUAUGAGGAACAGGAAGAAAAAUAUGUUCCACUGAACGUAGAUUUAUCUAUGAUUGAAAAGGAGAUAGGACACAUCAAAAAUGAGGAUAAUUUUAAUAUGAAUGAUGAUGUACCAUGCAAGAAAGAAGUGAAUGACACUUCUAACUGUGCAAAACAGGACGAAAAAUAUCAUCCACUGACAGUGGGUUUGUUGAUUAAUAAGGAGAUGGGAGAACUAAAAAGUGAGGAUGAAGUUGAUAUCAAAAAUGUCAAAACUGAAAUAUGCCAGAAAGAAAUGAAUUACAUUAAUUACUGUGAAGAACAGGAAGAAAAAUAUGCCCCACUGACAGUAGAUUUGUCAAUAAUUAAAGAGGAGGUAGGACGAAUUGAAAGUGAAGAUGAUGUUGAUAUCGACCAAGACCUCAAAACUGAAAUUGUAACCGAGUACAAGAGUUGUGAAAUGCUACACAAUGCACCUACAAGUGCACUGGGUCAGGUUAUGACUCAGGAUGUAAAAGCGUCUGGGAUUGGUCAAAGCACUGGUCCUGAAAUUAUACCACAAGACGUUACUAGUACUAAAACUGGCCAAAUUCAAGAUGAAACUAAUGGAAAUGAGCCUAUCUUGAAACGGGGUGGAAAACAUUCCAAAAAUAAAACUUGUACUGGAAAAAAAACAUUGCUUUGUAAAAUGUGUCCAAAAUCUUUCAGAUUCAGGAGUCAGUUGAAAACCCAUGAGAGGGCUCACAGUUCUGAAAAGCAAUUCAAAUGUAAAUUAUGUACCAAGUCUUAUAGUUAUAGAUCUAAUUUAAUAAUCCACGAGAGAACGCAUACUGGGGAGAAACCAUUUAGCUGUAGGUUCUGCCCAAAAUCUUUCAUUCAAAGCAGCAUACUGCAUAUCCACGAAAAAAUUCAUACUGGAGAAAAACAAUAUCAUUGCAAAAUCUGUUCAAAGUCUUACACUCAUAGCAGUAGUUUGAAAGUGCAUGAGAGAACUCAUACAGGCGAGAAACCAUACUACUGUAAAUUAUGCUUCAAAUAUUUCACUCAUAUAAGUACCUUGAGAGACCAUCAAAGGUUGCAUGGGGGAGAAAAACCAUUUAAAUGCAAAGUUUGCUUAUUAUCUUUCAUGCAAAACAGUAAAUUAAAAAUGCAUGAAAGAAUUCAUUCUGGAGAAAACCUAUUUCAUUGUAAGAGGUGCUCCAAAUCUUACAGUGAUGAAAGUAGCUUAAAAGAACAUGAAAAAACGCAUACUGGAAAAAAACCAUUUCAUUGUGAAAUUUGUUCAAAAUCCUUCCAUAAAAACAAUGCACUAAAAAUUCAUGAGAAGAUUCAUACCGAACAAAAGCCCUUCAAUUGUAAUAUAUGUUCUAAAUCUUUCAAUGAAAGUAUUGGCUUGAAGAGACAUGAAAGAUCUCAUACAGCAGAAAAAACAUUUCAUUGUAAUUACUGUUUGAAAUCUUUCUUAAAAGCCAGUGCACUUAAAGUUCAUGAAAGAAUUCAUACAGGCGAAAAGCCAUAUAAGUGUAAAGUAUGCUCAAAGGCUUUCAGUCAGAAAGGCCAUUUGAAACCACAUGAAUAUACACAUACUCAGGAAAAGCCGUUUCAUUGCAAAGUGUGCACAAAAUCUUUCUCUCGAAAGCUGUAUUUAAGAGCUCACGAUUGUGAAGGAAUGCAGGAAACCAUUUUAUUGUAAUUUUUCUCAAAAUACGGUAUUCUUAUUCGACCAAUAAAGUUUAAUCUUUA